AUGUCGAGUCUAAAACAAAAGUUCAGUACAUUUCUGUUUAAAGGUGUUUCAGAAGUUCCGUCCAGUAUAACGGUAGCUUACCACAGUGUUUCCUGGACAUCGAAAACAUUAACAUUAAACGCAAUACUGCGGACUAUCCAUGAACCAGAUGUCAAUCUUGUCUGCCAGUUUCAAAGAUUAGCCAACCAGGAUCUUUAUUAUGACAUCACGUGGUAUGCUGACGAUACUGAAGUUCUUAGAAAUCAAACAAUAUCCUCGAACAUAUCGGAAGUAGCUCUAUUAUCAGGGACGCAGAUGUUAGCUAAGAGCAAAAAGGCGAACUCGAUGAUCCAUUGUGUGGUUGGAGCAAAAUUAAGUGAAGGUGACAGUCCUUGUGAGACCGGAACAAGUUCUCUAUUCUAUGCAGGAAUAAAGGUCUUGACGCCAAUACUUCGCAUAAAUAGGGGUCAGAGUGCAGAGGUUGAACUCCAGUUUACAAUACCAUUCAUAAAUGAAAACGGAAUUGCUUACUUUCCAUUUGGGACGGAAAACGCUCAAUCUGAUCUUAACAUUCAAAUGGGGGUUCAUAACAGUUCCUCUCUUUCCUGUGACGACAAAAAUAGAAGGGCAUGUGACACUAAAAUAAAUGCUUUUAAAUACAACGAUCGAGAUAAAUACAACACAAAUGACUGGAAAGUGGUACAUAAAAUAAAAGUUCAAAAUCAAGACGAUGGAAAUUUCAAACUGAUUGACAAACACAUAACGUUGCGGUUCGAAACGGGGUCAACAAAUGGCGAGGGCAGUAAAAUCUGGGAAUAUAUAACAUUACCAGACAUACAGGUUUGUCAUUUUUGAAUACAGUUGUCUCUGUUUACCGAACG